AUGGGCGGACCCUCGACUAUUGAGAAUAAUGAAAUAGUAGAACACUGGAGGACUUGUGGAAUUCCAGGAAGGAUCCUCUCUUCUGGCUCUGCCAUUUCAAAGAGACCGCAAUGCCUGCGGGAGACAAGGGACCCUAAGUGGACUAUCGAUCCCUCGGUCAGGAAUCAAUUGGCUCGGAGAGUCGAUCUAUUUGGCGGGGGCGGGAGUAAUUGGCGGGAAGGCCAGUGGGUACAAACUGCGGAGACUAUCCCGCAAUCAAAGCUGCUUGCCGGCGGAGAGCGAAUCUACAGCCACUGGCGGGACAAGGCAUGA